AUGGCCACGAUUAUGGAAACAAAGACAACGCAGUCUAGUCCAAUUGAGUUUUCUGUAUCCCAUGAAACACUUCAAUUCGGAAAUAAUGAAAACAAUAUUUUAGCUUUUUGGAAGCAAAUCAAUGCAUUCGAAACAAGUAAUAGAUUAUCCAAGGACCGACCAAAAUGUAUAUUCUAUGAUGGUCCACCAUUUGUUACUGGUCCUCCUCAUUAUGGACAUAUUUUAACGGGAACAAUUAAAGAUGCCCUUACUCGAUGGGCUUAUCAAACUGGGCAUCAUGUUGAACGUCGAUUUGGUUGGGAUUGUCACGGCCUAGCACUAGAAUAUAAAAUCGAUAAAAUACUUAAUAUUAAAGGUCCUGAUGAUGUUGCUAAAAUUGGUAUUGCUGCUUAUAACAAUUACUGUCGACAAUUUUUUAUGCAAUAUGCUCAAGAAUGGGAAGAUGUUGUGGAUCGUAUGGGUCGAUGGAUUGAUUUUCGACGAGAUUAUAAAACAAUGUAUCCAUGGUUUAUGGAAUCAAUUUGGUUUAUUUUUAAACAAUUAUAUGAAAAAGGUUUUGUUUAUUAUGAUUUAAAAGUAAUGCCAUAUUCAAUGGGUUGUUGCACUCCAUUAUCAAAUUUUGAAGCGGAUCUAAAUUAUAAAAAUGUUGAUGAUCCAGCUGUUUGGAUAUCAUUUUCACUUGUUGAGGAUUUAACUGUUAAACUUGUUGCUUGGACAAUAACUCCAUGGACAUUACCAUCUAAUCUUGCACUAUGUGUUAAUGCUAAUUCACUUUAUGUUAAAAUUCUUGACAAAACGAAGAACGAAAUUUUUAUUUUAAUGAAAAAACGAUUAGAUGAACUUUAUAAAAAGUUUGACGAUUAUGAAAUAUUAGAAAGUUUUCAAGGAUCUCAAUUGCAAGGAAAACAUUAUAUACCAUUAUUCCCGUAUUUUGCUAAUGUAAAAACAGCAUUCCGUGUAUUGUGUGAUGAUUAUGUAACAGAAGAUAGUGGUACAGGUAUUGUUCAUCAAGCUCCAUAUUUUGGAGAAGAUGAUUAUCGUGUUUGUCUUGCCAAUGGUGUUAUUAAUAAACAUACAGGACCUAUUGUUUGUCCAAUCGAUGCACAAUGUCGAUUUACUAAUGAAGUUAAAGAUUUUGACGGACAAAAUGUAAAACUUGCUGAUAAAUCUAUUAUAAAAUAUUUAAAAGAAGCUAAAAGACUUGUUCAUCAAUCCGUAUUCAAACAUGCAUAUCCAUUUUGUUUGAGAAGUGACACACCAUUAAUAUAUCGUUUUACUCCAUCAUGGUUUAUUCGUGUUGAAGGAAUGAUUGAUCGUUUAUUAGCUAAUAAUAGUAAAAUAAAUUGGGUACCUGAUUAUGUUAAAGAAAAACGUUUUGAUAAUUGGCUUCGUGAUACACGUGAUUGGGCUAUUUCAAGAAAUCGUUAUUGGGGAACUCCGAUUCCAUUAUGGAUGAGUGAUGAUAGACAUGAAAUUGUUUGUGUUGGUUCAAUUGAAGAAUUAAAACAAUUAUCUGGAAUUUCUGUUGAUGAUAUUCAUCGAGAAUUUGUUGAUGAAAUCACAAUUCCAUCUCGAUUAGGUAAAGGUUUAUUACGUCGAGUACCUGAAGUAUUUGAUUCUUGGUUUGAAUCUGGUUCUAUGCCGUAUGCACAAGUUCAUUAUCCAUUUGAGACACGACAUGUAUUUAUGGACACAUUUCCAGCUGAUUUUAUUGCUGAAGGUAUUGAUCAAACACGCGGAUGGUUUUAUACAUUAUUAGUUAUUUCAACGGCUUUAUUUGAUCAACUAUCAUUCAAAAAUGUAAUUGUUAAUGGGAUUAUUUUAGCACCUUAUCAAGAAAAAAUGUGUGGCAGAAAAAUGAAUCAUCCUGAUCCAAAGAAAAUUUUCGAUGUCUAUGGUGCGGAUGCGCUUAGGCUUUAUUUACUAACAUCGCCCGUCGUACGCGGUGAAGCACUCAAAUUUAAAGAAGAAGAUGUUCGAGAUAUUGUUAGAGAUGUGUUUUUACCUUGGUAUAAGACAUUACGUCUUCUUAUUCAAUCAUGUGAUCAAUUAAAAAGUGAAGAAAAAAUUGAAUUUAUUUAUGAUGAAAAAUGUUUCUAUGCAUCAAUCUCAUCAAAUCUAAGUAUUCUUGAUAAAUGGAUUGUAUCUUAUACACAAACAUUUCUUGAAUUUAUUAAACAAGAAAUGAACGUGGCUAAAUUAAUGGCACCAUUUACACCAUUUUUUGCUGAAUAUAUGUAUCAAAUUUUAAGAAAAUUAAUACCGCAAUCAGCAUCAGAUUCUGAACAAGCACUAAGUUAUACAUUACCAGAAUUAGUUGUUAUUCAUAAAGAUUCAUCCAUAUUAAAAAAUAUUGAAUCCUUAGAAGAUUUCAUUCGUGAAGGUUUAAAUGUACGCCAAAUAAUAUUUUCUCAAGAUAAUAAACUUUAUGGUAUUGAAAUACAUGUAGAACCAAACUAUCCAAUAUUAGGAAAAAAGUUUGGUGUUAAAGUUAAACAAAUAUCUGAAAAACUCCGUCAACUAUCUCAUGCAGAUAUUGAAAAAUUGUUAUCGAAGAGUCAAGAUGAAAGUCCAUUAACAAUGCUUGACGAUGUACCGAUUGAAUGGGAAGAUAUUCAUAUUGUUUAUCGUGUAGGACAAGAAACACGUUUUGAAGCUACUGCUGAACAAGGAUUUGUUGUUUUACUUGAUUGUACAACGAAUGCAUCAUUAAUAGAUGAAGGUAUUAUUUAUGAAAUUACGAGUCAAGUUCAAAAACUCUGUAAACAGGUUAAAUUAAUUUCAACUGAUGAUAUAACAAUUUAUUAUUCGGUUGACCCACAAACAAGUGAAAUUGCUCGUAUUGCAUCUGAACGACGAGACGAAAUUGAAGCUAUUCUUAAAAAACCGUUUAUUUCAUUGACUAAUUUAACGAAUAAAGAUAAUAACAAUGUGGUUAUAGUUAAAAAGCUUCCUAUAAGAGAUGGUGAAACUGAAUUCGUCAUCAUUCGAAAUGCAUAA